AUGAUGGCACCUUUCGUAAUAGAUCUCGAUGAUUUCGCUAUUUGGCUGCCACCAUUAGUAUUUGCUCUAUUCCCAUUUGUGGCUUCCCUGAUCGCAUUUUUACUUCCAGAAACUAAAGAUCAAGAGCUAAUGACUACAAUUGAGGAAGGAGAAAGAUUUGUAACAAAUAAUAUUGAAAACCUUUACUGUAAUUUAAUAUUUUCAGGUCCGAAAACGAAUCAAAAUGAACCUAAGUUAGACCAUAUUCAGAGUGCCAUAGGAUCAUUUGGAAAAUACCAAUUUUACUUGUGCUUUCUGAUAUUUUUAUCAAAAUUUCCGGUUGCAUUCCACCAGAUGGCAAUUAUAUUUUUGGCUCCAAAAGCAGAAUAUACUUGUGAAGGGACUCAAAUAACAGGAACAUGUCCUUGUGAAAAACCAGUGUAUGACACUUCGAUAUUUACAAAUACAAUUAUAACACAAUGGGAUCUUAUAUGCAAAGACAAAUGGUUGGCGAGCUUAACUCAAACCUUGUUUCAAUUGGGAACCUUGAUUGGCAGCCUUCUUUUCGGGAUGGCUUCUGAUAGAUUCGGACGCAAAAAACCGAUGUUAUUUGCUGUCUUGUUACAAGUUUCAUCAGGAGUAGCCGCAGCCUUUGCACCUAGCUACUGGUCAUUCAGCCUUCUUCGUUUCAUCGUAGGGAUGUCAGUAGGAGGGACAAUGGUCGUAGGAUUUGUUAUUAUUAUGGAAUAUGUGGGCACGAAAUAUCGUGAUAUUAUUUCUGCUCUUUACCAAGCACCAUUCAAUAUGGGUCAUAUGUUGCUGCCAGUUUUUGGAUACUUCUUCAGAGAUUAUGUAAAUUUCCAAUUGGCAAUAUCCUUACCUGCAAUCCUUCUCCUGUCUUACUUUUUUUUGUUACCAGAAACAGGCAGGUGGUUGAUAGCAUCACAACGUACAGAAGAGGCUAUUCAGAUUAUAGAACGUGUUGCUAAAAUAAAUAAACGACCAACGGAACAUAUUCGAAAAGAUAUAGAAUCCUAUCAACAACAAUUAGAGAACAAUAAACUUAAAAAGGGAACUUUAUUGGAUCUUUUCCGGACUCCAAAUCUAAGAAAGAAUAUAUUGGCUAUGUCUUUUAACUGGCUAACCUGCAGUUAUUGUUUCUACGGCGUAUCUCAAUAUGUCGGACAGUUGAGUGGAAAUAUUUUUGUGAAUGUAGCAGCAAGUGCAAGUGUUACUCUAGUUGGAACAUUUGUUUCGAUACCUUUAAUGAGAGCAAUCGGCAGGAGGACUAUAUUAAUAGUGUUUAAUUUUAUAUCUGCAGUAUGUUUGUUAAUAUUAGCAUGUUUUCCUGAUAGGUCAUUUUCAGUCAUUUUUGCCAGUGUUGGAGUAGUGGCUAGUUUUAUAGUUUUUGUAGUAGUAUAUUUGUAUUGUACCGAACUAUUUCCUACCGUUGUUCGUAAUGCCGCUAUAGGAUUUUCGUCUAUGAUGGCGAGAAUUGGUUCAAUGAUAGCGCCAUUCGUAAUAGAUCUGCGAGAUACGGCUGUUUGGCUACCCCCGAUAAUUUUUGCAAUAUUCCCACUCGCAGCUGCUAUGGUGUCUUUUCUCCUUCCUGAAACUAAAGGUCACGAACUUAUGACCACCAUAGAGGAGGGAGAAAGAUUCGGUAAAAAAGAACAAAAGUAG